AUGUCAUCUUCACAUUUUGCUAUCCUUUGCCUCUUCAUGAUUUCCCUCGUUCCUCUACAUGAAUUUGGAAACGCAAAAGGUUCUGAAGCUGGCCUCCAGUUAGAUCCAGCAUCGUGUCUGCGUGUACUAUGUGCAAAACACAAAAAUCAAAAAUGGUGUUUUUGCUGUGCUGGGAAACCGAAGACCUGUUAUCUUAAUAAACGAGAAUGUACGGCUGUUUGCAAGUAUGUACCUCCCCGAAAGCUCUUACCUUCUUCAAUGGCUUAAGCAACGUGAAACAACAACCCAUCAUACUAUUCACUUACGUUUUCUCUUGAUGUAUGAAUAAUAACAAGUUAGAGUAAAUUAAAGAAAACAUA